AUAUGUUUCGAGCUUAAAAUAUAUCUUAUGUCCAUCUUAUUAAAAACUAGAAAAAAAAACCCAAAAAAAUAGAAUAAAAAAUCAUGAAGUACAAUUUCGGAAGCCCCAUCAUUGUGUUCUUGAUUGUUGCUAUUCAUGUUAUGCUUCCAAAACAUUUGGCAAUGGCAUCAAGGGCCACUAUCCCUCUUCAUCUAAAGAGAAAUUGCACGUAUGCGAUUACAAUACAAACGACUUGUACAAAGGGUGCAGAAACUUCCAACCAUGUGAGCAUACGAUUCGGGGACUCAAACUCAAACGACGUCUUGGUGUAUCGUCUCAACUCGAAGCAUGUGAAAAGGCUUGAUCCAUUAGAGCCACAAGUCCUUAAUGAUGUGCCAAUAAAACCGUUUGAAGUUUGCACGAUAGACCAGUUUGAACACACAAGCAAGUGUGUGGAGUUACCCGUGUGCUAUUUAUACCUCAAGUUAACAGGUGAUGACGAUUGGCGCCCUGGUUUUGCACAAAUCCGAGUGCUAGAGGGUCCACAUCUUAGUUCAAAUUACUUUUAUUUUCGUCGGUAUCUGCCAAGAAAUAUGUGGCAUGGUGUUGAUGUUUGUGACAAUAAGGGUACCCCUUUUGGGCCAAAACACAAAAGGAAAGUGUUUGACUAAUAGCUUUAGAUCUUUUAAUCUAGCUUAAGCAUGUUUUAAGUAGAGUUCUAAUAAAUAUCAUUACCAAUGCUAAAAUUAGGAUAUAAAACAAUGUGCUAUUAUGUUCUAAACAUUCAUAACUGAGCUGUCAGGUCAUAUGUUACAAUGUGCUAUUAUGUUCUAAACCAAUUUGUCGUUUUUUAUCGCCUUUUUUUUUCACAAAA